UUUGGGGCUGCCAGUGAUCGCUGCAGCAACACAAAUUUUAUUUUUUCUUGCGUUGUGUUUCUUAGUUUGUUGUUACAUUCUGCCCAACAGCGCCGCUGGCUUACAAGCCCCUGCGGCAAAUAUUAAAACGACACAGCGUCCAGAAUUUAGUUGAACAUAAAGUUUGGGAAAACAGAGCUUGCAAUAAAUCAAUCAAUGUAACGUAUGUGUCAGUGUUUGAUCUAACACAUUUCUGCGUGUCUGCGUGCACUAAUAUCUACCUGGAUCUUAUUUUCCCGCCACUCUUUCUUUGAGGCCUCAUUAGCGAAUACAGACACUUUCUUUCCCGCAUUAAAUAUUACAAACACGUUGUGCCGAGACAGACAUCUUAUUGGAUUUGUGCUGAGUGAUGAAAGCAUGAAGUCUAAAUUUUAAUUGUAUCUUUCAUGAAAGGCUGAUAUUCGCUGAUCCCCUGCACACAUCACUCAUUGAUAAGUAGGUUGCAUGACUGAAGCUGUUGCUCUGUGUUCCCCCGUGCCAAGUUUGACACUUUAAUGAAGCUCAAAUGUGAUUGCUGCCUAUGUGUUCAUGAUGUAUUUUGUAUUAAUGAUGUGUAGCAUCAAAGCUGUCUGUUAGCUUUGCCUGGUUCAUUUUCAUAUGUCUCCUUUUAUCGAGCAGAGAUGUGUGUAUUAUCUCUAAAUUAUUCUGUUGGCAAGAACCAUAUGACUAACUUGAUAGUGACUAGGAAAAGUAAUUCUUAAAACAUAUCUAAGCAUUACUUUAGAAACACGUUUUAUGAUUACCACAUAUUAUAGUUUGUGAUAAAGGUUUGAUUAUUGAACGGUAAGCUGGUCUCCGCUGCAAACUGCUGGUAUUUCUGAAAUACACAAAAGGUGUCUUUUGGCAGUCUGUCCCAACAGAGGAUGGAUAUCGCUCCUAACUUGACAUAUUCUAUGGAAUACAGUCGUGAAGGUUGUUCAGGAAUCUAUGCCGUCCUGUGAAAGAUUAAGUACUCCCUUCUACAGGAAUUAAGAGGGUAAAUGGUAGCCAGGUGGUGCCAGUCAAAUAUGAUUAAUGGAUCAGCUGCAAGUGUGAGAAUCUCUAUAAAAGCAGAAAUUUUGGUAGUUUGCCGGUUUUGAGCAUUCAUGUCUAUGUUAACGCAAUGACACAAUCUUCAUAUGAGUGAACAUCCCAGCAAACUCACCCCAGGGUCAGACCACUCAAUUCUCUGAGAAACUGCAAAACCCCAAGAACCACAGCUCAGACUCUACAGGCCUGUUAGCUUGUUAAAUGUUGAAGGUCAUGACAGUACAGUUGGAAACACGAGACUUCAACAAUAUGGCUUUUUUGAAGGGUUGCUGGAAGAAAGCCUCUUCUUUCUUAUAUGGCAGCACAGAUUAGGGGUGUAGAGUUGCAAUCUGGACAACCACAAGACGUCUUGAACUAUGUCUUUUGGACAAAGUGGAGAUUUUGGCCAUUAUGAUUCCACGAUUAUUGGUGAAAACCAAAUGCAGUAUAUCAGCGCAGACACUUCAUACCAACUGUCAAGCAUGGUGAUGGAGGGGUGAUUUUUGCUUGUUUUGCAGAUACAGUACAUGGACAUUUGGAGUCAUUGAGUCGACCAUGAACUUCUCUGUAUACCAAAGUAUUCUACAUCUGACUUGGCUGAAAUUGGGUCAUGUAGCAGGACAAUGAUCACAAACACAGCAGUAAAUCUCUAACUGAAUGACUGAAAAAUAAAAAUAAAAAAUCAGGGUGUUGCAGUGACCUAGUGAAAGUCUAGACCUCAAACCAAUUGAAGUGUUCUGCAUAAGCAGAUGCUCACAAACUUCGAUGAACUCAAACAACUUUGUAAACACAAGCGGGCCAAAAUUCCUCUGCAACAACGUGAGAGUCUAAUAAAGUCAAACGAAAACUUAUUAAUUAGAGUUGUUGUUAUAAAGGUGCUUCUACAAGCUAUUGAAUCACUUUGUUUUCAUAGGAUGGCAAAGAGUUCUGUGAAGACUGUUUUUCAUGUGUAUGUUAAGAAAACAGGGCAUGAAGUGACAUCUACAAGUUCAAUCUUGUGAUUUACAUACCUGGAUAAUUAUGCACUUGUUGAAACAAGUGUUAUAAAUAUCAGUUACAACUUUAUACUUGCCUUCCAAAUAAUGUUUAUAGAUGACUUACAGAGUCUUUAUUACCUGCUUAAAAAGUAUGAUAAACAUUAGUUGUAACCUUACUGUAACCUUUCAGAAAAUGUUAAUAGAUGCUUUGCAGAUCAAUUUUUAGCUCACACUAUUCAUUUACCAUUUCUUAAAAUGGUAAUUAUAAAGUACUGUCAAGAAUUUACUAAUAAAACCCCAUCCUAUUGGGUUAAGCUUGUACUUUAAAUCCACCUGUACCAGUGUGUAUGGCUUUUCACAGUAAUAGAUCGUGGGUAAAUAAAAAAAAAAAAAUGGUGGUCAUUGAAAUAGACUGCCAUAUAUGUGGCGCUUUUCUAAUCAUACUGCCCACUCAAAGCGCUAUGUGCUACUAUGUGUCACAUUUAAUCAUACAUUCAUACAAUAUUUUAUUUGUCACAGUUUUAAUACUUGAUCUACGUCUCAUCCAUAGCCAGUUUGCCUAACAAGCAUGUCUUUGAACUAAGGAAGGCAAAGUAAACCCAGCAGAAAUCUACACAGAUACAGGGAAAACAUCCCAAGGUGGGAUUCAAACCAGGAACAUUUUUGGUGUGAGGCAACACGCUAAACAUCCUAAGCUUACACUUCAGUAACUACAUGUGACAAGAAAGAAGGGAACACCCAAUCCUUUGUAGACAAUGAGGAAUAAAACAGCAUUCAAUAAUCAUAGUUUACAUAUCAGUUUUGCCAUCAUGCCUCACCUUAUUUUAGCGUGUGUACCAUCCUGCUGGUGCAGGCUAAAAAACGUUUUAACUACCAGUGUUGAUUAAUGGUUAUCAAUAUUGGAUACAAAUUCUUUUUAGCAACAUGAUUUUUUUUUUUAAACUGUCAUCAUGUUAUGGAGCAUUCCUGUAAAAAAUCAACACCUCUUUGUGUUGAAGGAUAAAAUAAUAAGUUCAGUGCUUGUUCAAACGGAGAACAUAAGAUCCUUCCUUCUCACACGUAAGAGAAGCGGUGUCAGCGGCAGCAGAGUCAACACACCUAAAUUCCCACUGCAAAUAUUUACACGGAUCCAGCACUCUGCAACUUUGUCCUACCCUGAUGCAUUUUAAGACCUUGGCAUUCAUCGAAAAUAUGGAUGUGACAGGCACCUGAGGCAGCACCCGGAGAGAGAAGAUAUUACUUUUGGAGGAGCUUCAUCUUUUAAUGUAAUCAAGUAGCAUAAAGAAAAUGAGUCCUCAUAAAUGGCCAUACCAAAAUAGUUACAGAGAAAUGUAAACGCGGCAAAGUACCUUCUUUUGGAUAUCCAAAGAAGCUGUAACACUGCUUUUGUGCAAAUGUGGCGUCUUUCAGUUGUGCACUUGCUUAGAAAGCUUUCUAAGAAACAACAUGAAAGACAACAUGAAAGACUCUGUCCUUGGCCCGUGACAAGGAUAAAAGGGUCAGAAAAACCUCAGCAUCCGCCCCCCUCCCGCCCGCUCUCUGCUCUGAUAAAACCACUCAGCUCCACUCCCACAGUCUCAUCUUCACGUAACACGAUAGCUGAUCAAAAAGUGGCCUCAACCCUCACUUAUCCAGAUGUUGUGGAUUAUAGAGCUAUGUGGGAGUACUAUUAGCUGCCUAAAGAAAGAGAGAGAUCAAUGAUGAGAACGCGUGUCUUCACUACAAGGAGUGGUCCACUGCUAUCUUCCAGUGUUUCCCCUCCCCUCAGUUUUCUGUCUCCCUGUCUGUCACCUGACUUGUGAGCAGCCAUGACAAAGUCCUACGAAUUCAACUGGGAGAAGCACCUGCCUGAGUUCAUGCAGGAAGGCGCCUCUUUCGACAGGUUUGAUGAGGACCCAUACAUCUUUGAGCCCAACUGCCACAUGGAAGUGGACGAGUACGGCUUUUUCAUCACCUGGAAGAGUGAGGGAAAGGAAGGUCAGGUUCUGGAGUGUUCUCUCAUCAACAGUAUUCGCGUCGGUGCCGUCCCAAAGGACCCUAAGAUCCUGUCGUCAUUUGAGGCCACUGGAAAGACAGAAACAGACUUGGAGGGUUGCAUCAUCUGCAUCUGCAGUGGCACAGACCUGGUCAAUCUCAACUUCAUGUUCAUGGUGGCAGAGAACCCAGAGACAGCCAGGAAGUGGAUCGAGGGUUUGAGGUCAGUGAUUCACAACGUUAAGGCCAACAACGUCUGUCCAAUGACAUGCCUCAAGAAACAUUGGAUGAGAAUGUGUUUCCUUACCAACGUGAAUGGGAAGAUUCCUGUAAGAGGCAUCACUCGGACAUUUGCAUCAGGCAAAACGGAGAAGGGGAUCUUUCAGGCUCUGAAGGAUCUGGGCCUUCCUAGUGGAAAGAACGAUGAGAUUGAACCAGCAGAUUUUACCUUUGACAUUUUUUACGCGCUCACACAGAAGAUCUGCCCUCGCACAGAUAUAGAGGAGCUCUUCAAGAAAAUCAAUGGGAACAAAACUGAUUAUUUAACUGUAGACCAGUUAGUCAGCUUUCUGAAUGAAAACCAGCGCGACCCAAGGUUAAAUGAGAUUCUGUUUCCAUUCUACGACCCCAAGAGAGCCAUGCAGAUCAUCGAGAAAUACGAGAGAGACGAAGAUCUGAAGAAGAAAGGUCACAUGUCCAGUGAUGGCUUCUGCCGGUACCUAAUGUCAGAUGAAAAUGCUCCAGUGUUCCUGGACCGGCUGGAACUGUACCAAGAUAUGGACCAGCCGCUGGCCCAUUACUUCAUCAGCUCCUCCCACAACACGUACUUGACAGGCCGACAGUUUGGAGGGAAGUCCUCAGUAGAGAUGUACCGGCAGGUCCUGCUGGCUGGAUGCAGAUGUGUGGAGCUGGACUGCUGGGAUGGGAAAGGAGAGGACCAGGAACCCAUCAUUACUCAUGGCAAGGCCAUGUGCACAGAUAUCCUGUUCAAGGAUGUUAUCCAAGCCAUUAAGGAGACAGCAUUUGUCACAUCAGACUUUCCUGUUAUUUUGUCAUUUGAAAAUCACUGCAGUAAACCUCAGCAGUACAAGAUGGCCAAGUACUGCGAGGAGAUCUUCGGUGACCUGCUCCUCAAACAGCCUUUGGAGAACUAUGCGAUUGAACCUGGGCGUCCUUUACCCUCUCCAAGUGAGCUCAAGCGGAAAAUCCUCAUCAAAAACAAACGCUUGAAACCUGAAGUCGAACAGAAGCAGCUCGAGGCCUUCAAGAAACACAUGGAGGCAGGAGAGACAAACACCCCUGCUAUCAUUAUGGGAGAGGAGAAUGAAGACGACACAGAGAACGGAGAAAAAGAGGCAGAGGAUAAGGAUUUGAAUUCGGAGGCCCCCAGCAGUGUUUCUGAAGCAACCAGCGAGAAAGAAUCCAACAGUGUUUCUCAGAGUAAUGCUGUCAGCUCAAGGAAAGAUGACGAGCAAAGCAACAGUAUUAAGAAGGUACCUGAAGAUGAGGUGACAGAGAUAUCUGAAGCAACCGACGCCACAGACAUCUCUGAAGCAUCUGACCAAGACAACAACAAGAAGACUGUAGAUGUGGCAGAAGACUUAGAAGAGGCUCUGAUAGCUCAGUACACCUAUGUGGGAGCCACCACUAACAUCCACCCGUAUCUGUCAGCCAUGGUCAACUAUGCACAGCCGGUCAAGUUCCAGAGUUUUGAUGUAGCUGAAGAAAGGAAUAUCCACCAUAACAUGUCAUCUUUUAACGAGUCAGUUGGCCUGGGCUAUCUGAAGACUAAUGCCAUUGAGUUUGUGAACUACAACAAGCGUCAGAUGAGCCGUAUCUACCCCAAAGGGGGCCGGGUGGACUCCAGUAAUUACAUGCCUCAGAUCUUCUGGAACGCAGGCUGCCAGAUGGUCUCACUCAACUUCCAGACCCCAGAUCUGGCCAUGCAGCUGAACCAAGGAAAGUUUGAGUACAAUGGUUCCUGCGGGUACCUGCUGAAGCCCGACUUCAUGCGGCGGUCAGACAGGAUGUUUGACCCAUUCUCAGAGACACCGGUGGAUGGUGUCAUCGCUGCAACCUGCAGUGUACAGGUGUUCUCAGGACAGUUUCUCUCUGACAAGAAAAUCGGGACCUACGUUGAAGUCGACAUGUAUGGACUGCCAACGGACACCAUCCGGAAAGAGUUUCGCACUCGCAUGGUGAUGAACAAUGGACUGAACCCUGCCUACAACGAGGAGCCAUUCGUCUUCAGAAAGGUGAUCUUACCAGACCUGGCCGUGCUGCGCAUCGCAGUCUACGACGACAACAAUAAGCUGAUUGGGCAGCGCAUCCUGCCUCUUGACGGCCUGCAGGCUGGCUACCGCCACAUCUCUCUGAGAAACGAAGGCAACAAGCCGCUGUCGUUGCCCACCGUCUUCUGCCAAAUCAUCCUCAAGACCUACGUGCCCGACGGCUUCGGAGCUAUUGUGGAUGCUCUAUCAGACCCAAAGAAGUUUUUGACUAUAGCAGAGAAGAGAGCUGACCAGAUGAAAGCACUGGGAAUUGACACGAACGACAUAGCAGAUGUUCCCAGCGGAAGCUCAAAAAACGACAAGAAAGGGAAGGGUAAAGGUGACACCGUGAAAACCAGUGUGACACCGCAAGCCAGCUCAGACAUGGCCCAGACUUCCAACGCUGCCCAAAAUAACACGACCGAAGCCAAGAAGGAUAACGCACUCGUGCCUACUGUCAGCAUUGAUGACUUAAAGCAAAUGAAGUCGUACCUUAAAUUGAUUAAAAAGCAGCAGAAGGAGCUCAACACUCUAAAGAAGAAACACUCAAAGGAUCAAAAUACAAUGCAGAAAACUCACUGCACUCAGGUGGACAAGAUAGUGUCUCUGCACGAUAAGGAGAAGGUAACUCUGGAGAAGCUACUAGAGAAAGCCAUCAAGAAACGAGGUGAAAACAACUGCCAAGAGCUGAAGAAGGAGACAGAAGAUAAGAUUCAAACGCUAGUUGCUGAUCAUAAAACCAAGGUAAAGGACAUCACAGCACAGCACACCAAAGAGUGGUCAGAGCUAAUCAGUAGUCACAGCAGUGAGGAGCAGGAGAUGAAGGACAGCCACGUCACCCAGCAGUGUGAACACCUCAAGAAGCUCUUGGCCACUGUCCAGGAGCAGCAGACCCUGCAGCUCAAAUUCAUUCAUGAAAGGCAGAGCAAAGAGAUGCGUGCCAACCAGGCUAAGAUGUCCAUGGAAAACAGUAAAGCCAUCAGCCAGGACAAGACUAUCAAAAAUAAGGCAGAGCGAGAGAGGAGAGUGCGGGAGCUAAACAGCAGCAACACCAAGAAGUUCCUGGAUGAGAGGAAGCGGCUGGCUAUGAAGCAUCAGAAGGAGAUGGAGCAGCUACAGAAAAACCAGAGAGAGCAGCUGGAGAAACUGGAGAAGUUCAAUGAGCAGCUUUUGAAAUCACACCAUGCAAACAAACAGGUUCAAGACGAAGGACAUGCAGCAGAUGGUGAAGUUGGAGGAGGAGAUGGACCGCAGACCUGCCACAGUGGUGUGAGCGGCUGAGACUGGGAAGACACAUUCACACUUGUGCAGAAAACACUCCACAGAAAGCCCUCUACAGUCCAGAGAUGAAAACCUUCCUACAUCACUUUCUGUGUUUUAUUUAUGUUCGCUCAGACACACAGCAGCCCCGGCCCUACACCUCUUCUUUUGCUCUGUUCACUCAGCCAUGCAUCGUGUGCUCUCCAACUACUAUCUUUAUACCACUGAGCCAUUGGUGCUUAUCACCGUUUGUCAGGGGGGAUUAACCACUUAUCGAGACAGGAAACGUUACCUCAGAGAACACACAGGAAAAUACGUCGUCUCCUCUAGUGUAUCUAAAUUCUCUGUUGCCAUCACAUUGUAUGUUCUCUUCAGAUAUUAGCAGUACUUAGUACAAGCACACAUACACCAAAUUCCUCACACACACACACGCCGGCUCAUGACAGGUCACAUAAACAGGCUCUGUUCCCAAUUUGACCAUUUUUGCGAAGGAAAAAAAAAAGCAGUAUCCAAUGAACCGCUGCAGAAACAGAGGGAUGAAGAGUAUGUAUAAGAUUUAAUGUCAUUUCAGCACAAAUGAAUCAACUGUAUGAGAAAUACACUGUAUGCUACACCAGUCGUGUCCUGAGCACUUUGUAUCUGAUAGGCUGUCAAAAAAAGUUAAAAAAGAAAAAGAGAAGAAAAACUAACAAAAACACGGAACAUGUAGCGGUGCACUACUGUAGGUUUUCUGUUUUCAGUAAGAAUGUAUUUUUAAAAAAAUAAAAUUGUUGUAUUAAGAGUGGCAACACCCACCCCCCUUUCUCCCUCCAUGUUACACAAUCCUCCACCUUAUCACAAAGACAUGUUAUUGACUUUUUGAUGACUAUAAAAAGGUUUAUUGUCACGCUGAGUCAGAAUACUAUAAAGGGAUCACAGGGAAUACAUGCUAAUCCCUCAAUCAAAUUUUUUUGUUUCACUUACUUUAAUUUUAGGUACUCAUGAGAUGGUUUAAUAGCUGUGCUUCUUUUGCACUUGGAAAUUACAUUUACAUGUAUUUUACACGUUUCCAUGAGUACAGUUUAAACUGCAAUACUUUUGGUACUCUACGUACACUAUGCAAACAAGAUAAUUCCCUCAUAGCUGUAACAGUAAACGGUAUUCCACACUUGCUGUCGCCCAUUCCUCUAUCUGACUUUGGCUGGCAGCCGUCUCUUUGUCUUGUCAUUAUUACAGCAUUGUUGAAUGCUAGUGCUCCCUUUAUAGAUUCUUGACUGCACCUGAGCACCCUCAGCUUGUAAACCUCGCAGUUUCCCUGUCCUGCUCUGGCUAUAGGAGGGUGGACCGAAUAACAGAUUCGUAGAAGUCUCUGGUGUUCACUCCUGUCUACAGCAGGUUCCCUCCCUAACGAUGUUACAGAGGUGAUGUUGGAGGUGGUGGUACUGUGCCCUGAUGCCUCUGCAGAGAAUUAAAAGUGUGAUGUGCAGUACUGUUAUAAUGUAACACUAACAUUGACUAAACUGACAAAAAAGUCAUGUAAUGAUAUAAAAACAUUAAGGAUAAAGGCACCUAUGGGUAUUUUGGCCUUUUUUAAAAAGUUUUGUUUGUUUGUUUUUUUCCCCCUGUUUUAUUCUGCUGUGUUAUAUGUAAAGGGUAGAUGGGAUAUUCUUGUAUAUACUGGAAUGUAUGUAGUUUAAUUUACUUUUGGACCAGUUGUGUUCUGCCAUUUAAGGGCUUGGGGAUUGAGUGGGUCUGCUGGGUGAGGGAAAAAUGAUCAACCAUUGUUUUGUUUUUGAGUUUGUUCUUUUUCUUUUCUUGUUUUCCAGUCUGCCCUUAUACUGCACCACACAACACGAUAUAAAGCUCUCACCACAUAUCUAGUGUAGAGAUAAAUGAGUAAAAGUGCUUUUAAAUUUUAUUCCAUCGCUUUCAAAUGUGCCACUCGGUGUCUGUUAGGAUGUUUAAAUUAUUUUAUGAAUGAUAAAAUGCCAAAUUAAGGGGUUAUUUAUAUGAAAGUAUAUAUAAAUAAAUGAAUAUAUAUUAUAUAUUAGAUAAUGUGUAGUUUAAGAUGAUUAUGUUAGAAGCUUUUUUGCACUAGUUGAAUGUUUCUGUUGUGUGAUUUACAUGUAACCUUUGGCUCUCGAGUUUGUCAAAAAAGCAGAUUAUUUUUGCAGAGCAACAUCACUGAUUUCAUUUCCUCAGUUUCUACUGUAUCUCCUUUAUUUUCUAUUUGAAUUGUAGCUUGUCGACAGACAUUCUGUGCGUGUUUUUGUAUUUAUAUUGUACUGUUGAACUUAUAGCAAUGAAAAUACUGUUGUUAUCCAGCUCCUUUAAUACUGUUUUAUAGUAUGUGUCUCAAUAAAUCCAGGUGUAAAAUGGGACAUAA